AUGCUGCAUCCCAAGCUUCCCGAUUUCUCCCUCGACCUCGCUGGAGUGGUCGCCAUUGCUGACCUUUCGACUGUCUCCCAACGCACAGUUAUUACUGGAACGGCCGCCCUCCUAGACUGUCUCAUUCUCUGCCCGGGCUUGCACCUUCAGCAGCAUGCCUCUAAUCUCAACAAGGGCGAAUACCCGGCCGCCGCCGCGAUGACCAGCGGCUAUGUGUUUCGUAUUGAGAACCCAGCCACGGUGCACUACCUCCAGAAGAUCAGCAAGACAGCUCAUCUCACCACCGUCGAAGUCGUCAAUAUUGACAACCACAUGAGCUGGGCGGGACGGGCCGCGAAUAUUCUGUUUAUCACGGCCAAUGCCAACAUAAUCUCCAUCCUAACAUACGCGAUAGCUGCCUCUCUGACCAUCGCCGUUCUAGUCUGCCUAAUCCUAAUGAAGGAUUGGUGGGGUCUGUUUGUGAUCCUGAUUAUGAUUCUCGCGCGCGCCUUGAACGUGGUCUUAAUCCGUCUUCGCAGCCGGUUGGGCUGGAUUGGCGCAUCCGAGACGGGCCGGAGUGAUCUGCUCGUUCUUCUGAGCCAAGACCGAUGGGUGCGUAUCCAGGGUGCCAUCGACGAUGUAAAAGCCGUCACGGCGGGCCAGUGGCUCCGCGAGAUGGAGCCCUAUGAGAGCUGGGUUGCCGCUAUUGCCACAGUGCUCACAUAUCUCGAUGCCGCUCUUGCCAGUAACGCGACCCAAUUUGGAAAGCUUCUCUUAAUCUUGCUACUGAUUGUCUCAGCUGGUCUGUUAGCUGUGGCUAAUCAGUUCACUACCAAAUUGCAAAUGCAUGGGAACGUCCUGGAGGUAAAGGGGAAGCCUCGUGAGUAUCACAGACGCUUGGUUAUGGCUGAGGAGCUUAUCGCGGAGCAUGGAGGAAAGAGGGGCUGGGCGCUGCGAUUAGGCUUGAUAAACUCGGAGGACUACUUUGAUUCGGAUGUGGAAGCUCGAGGAGGUUCGGCUUCGUCGGCCAGCGCGUCAGGAAGCCAGGGGGGCGUGCGUCGGAAGGCAGGUACGGUCGAGGGGAUACAUGCCGUCACGAUGUGA